UAAUCCGGCAAAAGAGCCUGCGAAACAAGAACUGUUAACGUCCCACAAAACAGACGCUCUGAGUCUGCUUCGAGUCAUUCUUUUCCAGCUUCCUCACAGAGCUGAAGAUCUUGCUGAAAGAUAACCAACAGCACAAUGUCUGGUUCUGUACCUCUCUUCCUUCUCUGGUCGUGCCUUUUCGCGGCGCAUGCAUGCAACGCUCGUCGUUUCAGCCCUAAUGGCGGACGAAACCCUAGCAACCCAGUACAUCGGCUCGGCAAGGAUGUAGAAAUUCGGAAUUUGCGUCACGGAAAGGAAAAUAGCGCGGAGAUCAUCAUGGAAAGGAUUCAUCACGAAGAGCUCAAGGAUUUAAUGGGUCAUCUGAGAAAGCAACAAGUCAUCGGCGGAGUAAAUUCAGGACAAGAGGGCAGCGUGGCAGUGCCCUUUAAGAGCCAUCAGCAUAAUGCCGAUGCCAAACUGGAGGCACACAGUAUUUCGAAAGCCAGGUUGAUGAUGGAAUUUGCAAAUAGUAAUCACAACGAGCAAGCUAUAGAUUCUGGAGAAUUAGACGACGCGAAGGGCGACGUGAUGGUGAUGGACUAUGCACAGCCCCAUCGUAAGCCGCCCAUUCACAACGAAGAACCCUGACUCAAGCUAUAUCGUUCCUGCUUUUGCGCUAUUUCGCUUCUCUGGGGUGGUGGCAUCCAUCUCUAUGUAAUUUGAUGUAAUAAUAAAUGAAGCUCGAAUCGUCUUGUCCGAUCC